UGGGGAGACAGCAACUGUGGGGCACAGUCUCAUCAUGGGCAGCCACAACGUUUCGGAGCUCCAAGACCUGGGCUGUCCCAGCCAGUUGCUCCUGCAGCCCCUCUGGGACACCAUGAGGACCAGGGAGGCGUUUGCGCGCUCACCCUUUUUCCCAGUCGUCUUUGCUAUCAUCACUUACGUGGGCUUCUGCCUCCCAUUCGUGGUGCUGGACAUGCUGUGUCCCUGGGUGCCCAUCCUGCGACGCUACAAGAUUCACCCCGACUUCUCGCCGUCAGCGAGGCAGCUGCUGCCCUGCCUGGGGCUGACACUCUAUCAGCAUCUGGUGGUCGUGUUCCCGGUGACGCUGCUGCACUGGGCGCGCAGCCCCGUGCUCCUGCCGCGGGAGGCCCCCGAGCUCUUGCAGCUCCUGAGCCACGUCGUGAUCUGCCUGCUGCUCUUCGACACCGAGAUCUUCGCGUGGCACUUGCUGCACCAUAAGGUGCCCUGGCUGUACCGCGCCUUCCACAAAGUGCAUCACCAGAACACAUCCUCCUUCGCGCUGGCGACGCAAUACAUGAGCGUCUGGGAGCUGAUUUCUCUGACCUUCUUCGACGUGCUGAAUGUCGUGGUGCUUCAGUGUCACCCACUCACCAUCUUCACGUUUCACGUGGUUAACAUCUGGCUGUCGGUAGAGGACCACUCAGGCUACGACUUUCCCUGGUCCACUCACAGACUUGUCCCCUUUGGCUGGUAUGGGGGCGUGGCUCACCACGAUCUGCAUCACUCUCAAUUUAACUGCAACUUUGCUCCUUACUUCACACACUGGGACAAACUGUUGGGCACUCUGAAGUCGGCGCCCCUCCCAGCGCGCCUGUCUGCCUGCGGUGGGCAAUACUUGGACUCUGGAGAGCUGUGCAGUUCACAUUUGAACCAGGAGAAGAAAAAGACUUGAGUUAUUUUUUUCAGAAAUUAGUAAGUCUUUAAAUGAUGAACACUACUGUAAAAUCUAAUGUGUUUUUGCAUUCUGACAAAGUAAUUUAUAUAAUGUUUGUGUGUCAGUUUACUUGUAGUCUUGGUGUCAAAUUUCAAAUCAUGCCAGUGUCACUGACUUCGGGACACAGUUUGAUAUUAGGCAUGGUGUAUCUGAAUCAUUAUGAUCUUCAGAGUGAUUUGUUUGUAGAACCAAGACUUUCCUACGCAUGAAAUCGCACUGGAACUGGGCUAAACACAUAGAUUGAUGGAAGACCUGAUUUUGACUCUUUAAAUGGUCAAACUCGUUCCUGCUGGGCAGUGAUCAAGGUUAUAUAGUAUAUUUUCUCUAUUUUUGAAUGGAAUGAUAUAUUUAUAUCGAAAGAGUUUUUACUUGUAUUUUAAAAAUAAAAAGAACAUG